AUUAACAAACAAAAAAAUAUAUUUACUUGCCCUUUGAAUUAUCCUCGUUUCCUCCGUUAAAAGAAAAUCCAUUUUGAUUUUCUCCCAAUGCGUGGCCAUGAUUGGAUCAACACCUGUCUUCCCGACGAGCUGAUCUUGGAGAUCUUGCGCCGGCUCGAUUCCAAAGCCAGCCACGACGCUUGUUCCCUCGUCUGCAAACGGUGGCUCGGCCUCGAUCGGCUUAGCCGCUCUACCCUCCGAAUCGGCGCCUCUGGGAGCCCUGACAUUUUCAUCAAGUUCCUCGCUCAACGAUUCGUCAAUGUUAAGGCCGUUCAUAUCGACGAGAGAUUAUCUAUUUCUUUGCCCGUUAACACGAUGCAGGGCAAAAGGCGUGGCAGAGCUGAGAACGCGCUUACAUCUGUCAAGUUACACUAUACGGACCAAACAAGACCUGAUAAAGAAGAUGAUUGCGAAUCAUUCUGUCUGACAGAUUCCGGUUUGACCGCUGUUGCUGAUGGGUUUUCUAAGCUAGAAAAGUUGAGCUUAAUCUGGUGUUCUAAUGUUACAAGUUUUGGUAUAAUGUCCCUUGGACAGAAAUGCAUUUUCUUAAAAUCCUUGGAUUUGCAGGGUUGCUAUGUUGGAGAUCAAGGUCUAGCUGUUGUUGGCCAGUAUUGCAAGCAACUCGAGGACCUAAAUUUGCGAUUCUGUGAAAGCUUGACUGAUUCAGGAUUGGUUGAGUUGGCAACCAAAUGUGGGAAAUCGUUGAAAUCUCUCGGUGUGGCUGCCUGUGCCAGAAUAACUGACAAAUCACUGGAAGCUGUGGGAUUUCAUUGCAAAUCUCUUGAGACCUUAUCAUUGGAUUCAGAGUUUAUUAGUGAUAAGGGGGUCCUUGCUAUUGCACAAGGAUGUCCUCUUUUGAAAGUCUUGAAGAUACAAUGUAUUAAUGUCACAGACAGGGCUUUGAUAGUUGUGGGAGUUUCUUGUUUGUCGUUGGAAAUGCUGGCCUUACACAGUUUCCAGCAAUUUACAGACGAGGGUCUUCGUUCUAUCGGCAAAGGGUGUAAGAAGCUAAACAACCUUAUUUUGAGUGAUUGCAAUUUCCUGGGUGAUAUGGGUCUAGAGGCAAUUGCCACCGGCUGCACUGAACUUACGCAUCUUGAAGUUAAUGGCUGCCACAAUAUUGGAACCAUUGGACUGGAGUCUGUGGGGAAAUCUUGCCCGCGCCUGACUGAGUUGGCUUUAUUAUACUGCCAGAGGAUUGGUAAUUUCGCCCUUACUGAAGUUGGAAGGGGCUGUAAAUACUUGCAAGCUCUUCACUUGGUAGAUUGCUCCAGCCUAGGCGAUGAAGCCAUUUGCAGUAUAGCCAGAGGUUGCCGAAAUCUAAAGAAACUUCAUAUCAGGAGAUGUUAUGAGGUUGGAAGCAAGGGAAUCAUAGCUGUUGGUGAGAACUGUCACUCUCUCACGGAUCUUAGUCUCCGCUUUUGUGAUAGGGUAUGGAAUGAAGCUCUUAUUGCUGUCGGUCAGGGAUGCCCAUUACAGUAUCUAAAUGUUAGUGGCUGCAACCAAAUAGGUGAUGCCGGAAUUGUAGCCAUUGCAAGAGGAUGCCCAGAACUCUCAUACCUCGAUGUGAGUGUUCUCCAGAAUUUAGGCGAUAUGGCACUGGCCGAGUUAGGAGAAGGUUGUCCCUUACUCAAGGAUAUAAUACUGUCCCAUUGCCAUCAAAUAACAGACAUCGGUCUUUCUCAUCUGGUCAAAAAUUGCCAAAUGCUCAAGUUAUGCCACAUGGUGUACUGCCCGAACAUAACUAGUGCCGGAGUUGCCACCGUGGUUUCUAGUUGCCCGAACAUAAAGAAGGUCCUGGUCGAGAAAUGGAAGGUAAGUCCUAGGACGAAGAGAAGAGCCAGCUCAGUCCUCUCCUAUCUCUGUGUGGACCUCUAAUUAGGACAUCGAAGUUGGCAUUGAGCAUGCCGGUCUGGACGCAUCUCAAACAACGUAACAUUACCUGAAUAUUUAAGGGCUUCUUCCAAGUAACUUUGUAUGUAGCAAGCCUUUUGCUGUAUGAAUUUUUCCAAAAAUUGUGUGUAGUCCUUCCCUUGGGUUUCCCCUUUACAUCUUGUCGAACCUAAGAUUAACACAAACUUUCAAGG